GUCCUGAGUCAAGCAGAAAGAGCCAACAGAGCUGCAAGGCAGAGAUUGAAGCUGACAUCUGGAAUAAAGACUCUGUGAGAACUUUAAGAUAUGGAAAUGUAUCAAGCUGGAUUUUACACAGAAGACUUCAGAACUCAGGAGGUUCCUGGUGGAUUUGACUUCAGCUCAUAUGACUGCAGUGGUGAAGACCUGUCCUUUUUAUUAGACAGCAAAGGACCUGCCCAACAGCAGUAUCCAGAAACAUAUUCAGAGCCCCAGAAGGAGCAUUUGCACAGUUCUAAAGGUCUUACUCUUGCAGUCAACUCCACUGAUUCUGGACUCUUUAAUCUGGACUCCUUUCCUGAGUUUAGCUGCUGGGCGUCCUAUACUAAUAUUCCAGAAGGAAUGGUAGCAGACAGGCAGCAGGUUGCCUUUCAAGAAACAAAUCAAACCUACCAGAACCUCGUCCCUCUAUGCGCUCCAGCACAAAGCAGUCCGUUCAGCCCAGGGAUGGACACCAGCAGCCAUUACCAACCUGGGAAAGGUCCAAACCACAGAGGAGCAUCCGGUACCGUCAAUCUGGACCAUUUGGGUGAUAAUGAGAGAACAUAUGCCUUGUAUGAGGCAGAGCAGCAGAGCAGACCUUCAUAUUGGUCUGAUUAUCCAUCACCCGGUUACUGCACUUCCAUGCUGGGACAGCCUGCAUCCUCUUCAUCGCCUCCGGUUACUAAAUCCUCUGAGCAGUUCUGUCCCCGUGUGGCCAAAAGGCGCAACGCACCAUCUCAAAGAUCAGACAGAGAGGGUGAGAUGACACCCAUGUCUGCCUAUCCAGGAUCCGGGCCAAUCCAGCUUUGGCAGUUUCUUCUUGAACUUCUGCUGGAUUCUGCUUGCCACACGUUUAUUAGCUGGACUGGAGAUGGCUGGGAGUUUAAAAUGUCCGAUCCUGCAGAGGUGGCGAAGCGGUGGGGCCAGUGUAAGAACAAGCCAAAAAUGAACUACGAGAAGUUGAGUCGUGGCCUGCGCUACUACUACCAUAAAAACAUCAUUCACAAAACGGCAGGGAAGCGCUACGUCUACCGUUUCGUAUGUGAUGUGCAAGGAAUGCUUGGGAAAACCGCACACGAGGUCUUUGCAAGUCUAAACGUCUCACCGUCAAAUGGCGCAUCUCCACAGUCUGUUGUAAACACAGCCAGAUCGGAGGAAACUACAGAGUCCUGGGCGCAUUAGAGAGCGUUUUCAAACGCCCGUGAUUAUCUAAGCGAACUGUAAAACACCAGACAUCUUGUCCUGGAAGUAGUAAGGACAGAGAAAAGACUGAAAGAUAUGUACUUUAAACUGAUUUGGACUUCUGAAUGAGUUGGUUUUCAAUAACGGAUCUGAAAUCGGCCAUCAAAUGCAGUUAGGUGCCUUUAGAAAACUUUGUUAGCUACCUCUUUUGACAUCGAAACAAUAAUUUUGUAAAUGUUUUUUUUUGCCUUCUGUAAGUAUUCUGAUGCUUCGAAAUCAGAUUGUGCAUUCUUGUAAAUAAAUUAUGUCACAGUAUACACCUUUUUACAAAAAACAUACUUGGU